GGAGAAUCAGCUUUUCCAGUUGCUCAGGCAGCUCAGCACACUGUGUUAGCUGUUCCCGGAAGCCCUCAGCCACUCAGCUAUCCACAUCGCUGGCCUGCAGAAGCUCCUUGCAUGCCUUGAUCAUGGUGCUCAUGUGUUGACGGGAAAGAAAACAAAGUGAAGCUGUUUCUUGUCCUACGUCUUCAUCAGAUCGUCUUGAAUUAAAAUGACAGCUCUUCCUUCAGAGAACUGCUCUCUCCAGCCCCUGUCACACCAGUCGAAGCAGCCCGUAGAUGUUAGCUGUCUGUUGUUCCUCAUCAUACUUGGGAAAACGUUAUUGAAUAUCCUCAUGCUAGGGCUGAAAAGGAAAGACACCCACUGGGGCUUUAUGGAGUGCUUCUGCUUCUCACUAGCAUUUGUUGAUCUUCUGCUGUGGGUUAACCUUUCCAUUCUGUUCUACUUCAGGGACUUUGUAGUUCUAGGUAUUAGGUUCACACAGUAUCAUAUUUGUCUGCUCACACAAAUUAUUUCCUUCACUUAUGGCUUUUUGCAUUAUCCAGUUUGCUUACUAGCUUGUAUAGAUUACUGUUUGAUUCUGUCUGGAGCCACCAAGCACUCAUCUAAGUGGCAAAAGUUAUUUUAUUUCUUGACAGUCAUUUUAACUUGGAUUUCAGUCUUUGCAUAUGUUCUAAGAGAGCCAGCCAUCGCACAAAGCCUGCAGACACACAGCGCUUCUCUAUACCAAUGCCCUUCCUAUGUCAGUACACAGAGUUACUGGCUGUCAUUGUCUAUGCUGGUAGUUUUAUGUGUGGCUUUUCUGAUUUCGUGGCCGGAAGUUGUUGCCAUGGUACAAGCUAUUAGGAUAGCAUCCUAUAUGAACAAGACCAUCCUCUACUGUCCCUUCCCAUCCCACUCUGGAGUGAGCACUAGAGAAGCACUCUUGCCCAGGCUUAUUGUGUGCUUUCUUGGUACCUGGUUUCCCUUUGUAGCACUUCAGGUCCUCACCCUCUCACUCAGAGUUCAAAUCCCAGCAUACAUAGAAAUGAACGUGCCCUGGCUGUACUUUGUCAACAGUUUUCUCAUUGCUGCAAUUUCUUGGUUUAACUGCCAAAAGCUUUAUUUAAGGGACAGCACAUUACCUCUGGAUCCUUUUGUCAACUGGAAAUGCUGUUUUGUUCCAAUCCAUAGACUUAAGCAAGUGGAGAGGCCUAGAUCCAUAAUCAUCUGUUCACAGGCUGCUGUGCUGGGAGGAACUCCAGAAGCACCACAGACAGACCUGGUGGCUCCAGACACAGAACUGAAGCUCGUGUCCCCCUAACUUAGAACUUCUUAGCACAGCCUCUCUGUAGUGGAUAUUAAAUAGUGCUAAGGAAACAACAAAGUUUCUAUGCCUGUUCAGCAACACUGUGUACUAUUUGAUGUUAAUCCAAAAGUAAAACAAACACAUUAACGUGUGGCCAGCUUGAUGUUUACUCCAAUCUGAGAUUUCACUGCCAACUUUAAGAUCUGAACUUAAAUAUUUUAUCAACUUUAGAGAAAAAAUAAACUUUAAGGGAAAUAUUAGCUCAUUUUAAAUAUAGCUAAGAUAUUAUAAAUAUUCCUGGAAAGUUUCAGCUGUUCAGCUUAUGGAACUGGGAUCCAUAGGGGCUCUUGCCAUAACAUAUCAAUUGCAUGUUCAUUUAUGUCAGAUCAUAAUCAUGUUAGCAACAUAGACUAUAAAAAGCCUCAGACUCUUAUUUAGGGCUAGAUGAUUCUGUCUUAAAGGGUAACUCCACACAUUGUAUAAAUGCCAAUGACACCUUCCCCAGAAGUGGCAAUCACAUAUUCCCAAACCUCCUGGGCACAACUCCUCAUCACUUCCAAUCUUCUGGGAAAACAACCCCUAAAGAGAAGCAAUGUAAGUCAGAAUAAGCUGAACUCAUAUUAUGAAUUAAGCUACAUAGAUAUGUUGGCUGCUCUUUAGAAACACCAUGUGUUUCAAGAACCACUCCUAGCAUUUCUAACAUGAGUGGCUUAGAGGCUGGGGCUAGACUCACUAGGAAGAGUGCUUACAGCACACACAAAGUUUAGGUAUGCAGUAGUGUAGUAGUGUGUGCCUGCAAUACCUGGGGAGCUGUAAACAGGAAGACAAGAAAUUCAAGGUCAGCCUGGGCCACAAGAGAUCUUUUAGUCUCUCUCCCACCAAGCAAGAUGUUUUAACAAGUAGUUGUGACCUGCGUUUGAUACUUAAGAUAUCAAACAUUCCAGACAACACUUUGUGAUGCAAACCUAACCUGAGUCAUUCUAAGAAAAAGGGUACAGGCUGGGUAACGGAGGCACACGCCUUUAAUCCAAGCACUCAGGAAGUAGAAGUGGGCAAAUCUCUUGAGUUCAAGGCCAGCCUGGUCUACAGAGCAAGUUCCAGGACAGGCUCCAAAGCUACACAGAGAAGCCUUGUUUCAAAAAACCAAAACUAAAUAAAUAAAAGCACUGGCAUAAUGAGGUGGUGAAAUAAACUAGGAAACGUGGGAUGUCACGUUUCAUUUGUUAAUGCAGAGGAAAUGCCAGCUGCCUAUAACCUGAGCUUUUAUUAUCCCAAUUUAUGGCUCCUAUUUUCAGAUAUAAAACCUCGGCGAAUGGCUGACCUGAUUUAAGUCAUAUGCUCAUCUGUGACGCAUGGCGAUGGGGACUGAACCCAGGGCAGCAGACAUGCUCCUGUGAUGGUGCACUGAGCUCAGAUGUCAGGAGCUGGCCUUGUAAUUCGUGGUGCAUGCUUUCCUUGCCAUGUUUGCCUCCGCCCUCCAAUGGCCAUAACAUGAGAAUAAA